UUGUCUCAAUGAUUUGAAUGAAGAAUGACACAACAUACCUCAACUUUCUAGAUCUUGUUUGUUACUUCAUGUUUGAGCUCUUCGGUAUCCUAUAAAAGUUCAUAUUUGGAGAUUAAUCGAGUAACACGUACUAUAAAGAAAUUCAAAAUAAAAGUAGAGUUCAAUAUAGGAGCUAUGGUAUCACCAAACUUAUAUGUACAAUUGAUUUCAAAACAAAUUCUAGUUAAGUGACUUGGUAGCAAUGUGAUGUGGUCCAAACUUCAAAGUGUAAAAGUUGCGUUGAGUUCAUCAUCAUAGAAGGUUGAAUAUGGCUGGCAGGGGAUCCGAAAUUAGUGAUGAAUCGGCCACUGCAUUCGAGAGCAAGAUAACACUUUCGGUUAUCAUCACUUGCAUUGUUGCUGCAUCCAGUGGACUCAUUUUUGGAUAUGACCUCGGAAUUUCAGGUGGUGUUACUACGAUGAUACCAUUUCUUGAAAAGUUCUUUCCAGAAAUCUUGAAAAAGGCUGCAAGUGUCGAACAAAACACAUAUUGCGUGUAUGAUAAUCAAUUGUUGACAUUAUUCACAUCUUCUCUGUAUUUAGCUGGAUUAGUAACUUCUCUAAUUGCGAGUCGAAUCACAACAACGUUGGGUCGUAGAAACACCAUCCUGUUGGGUGGUGCCAUCUUCCUUGUGGGUGGGGCCAUUAAUGGAGGAGCUCAAAAUAUUGCUAUGCUCAUCGUUGGUCGUAUCCUUCUCGGCUUUGGAAUCGGUUUCACUAAUCAAGCUACUCCAUUGUACCUUUCGGAAAUCGCUCCUCCAAAAUGGCGUGGAGCAUUAAGCACAAGCUUUCAAUUCUUCGUACAAGUUGGCGUGGUGGUUGCAGGGUGCAUAAACUAUGUCACUGCAAAGCAUCCUUCGGGUUGGCGAAUCUCUCUUGGCUUAGCGGUGGUUCCAGCAGCGUUGAUCACAAUUGGUGCCUUCAUUAUAAGCGACACGCCAAACAGUUUGGUGGAGCGUGGAAAGAUAGAUCAAGCUAGAAAAGCUUUGCAUAAAAUAAGAGGGUCAAACAAUGUUGAACCUGAGUUAGAAGAACUUCUUAGACGAUCACAAUAUGCCAAAUCUAUGAAGCAAUAUCAAUUUUCAACCAUAUUUGAGAGACAAUAUCGACCUCAUUUGGUGAUUGCAAUUGCUAUUCCGCUUUUUCAACAACUUACUGGGAUUAACAUGGCUGCUUUCUACGCACCUAACCUCUUUCAAUCUAUGGGUUUUGGUAACAAUGCAGCUUUGCUUGCUAAUAUUAUACUUGGACUUGUUAACAUUGUUUCAGUCAUCAUCUUCUCUACCAUCGUUGAUCGGGUUGGUCGAAGAGUCUUGUUUAUAACGGGUGGCAUUCUUAUGUUUUUCAGUCAAAUUGCGCUGGCUAUUGCGCUGGCAGAGGCGACCGGUUCUUACGGCACAGGGAGAAUAUCAAAGGGCAAUGCUGCACUGUUAUUAGUGUUGAUGUGUUUUUACUCUUCAGGUUUUGGUUGGUCAUGGGGUCCUCUAUUAUGGCUAAUUCCAAGUGAAAUUUUCCCAUUGAAAAUCAGAAGCAUAGGACAAAGCAUAGCUGUUGCUGUGCAGUUCAUAACUAUAUUUGUGUUAUCUCAGACAUUCUUGACAAUGCUAUGUCACUUAAAGUUUGGUGCUUUCUUGUUUCAUGCUACUUGGAUUGUAGUAAUGACCCUCUUUAUUAUAUUGUUCUUGCCAGAGACCAAAGGACUUCAUUUGGAUUCAAUCUAUGCCGUAUGGUGUAAACACUGGUUUUGGCGCUGCUAUGUUAAAGGAGAAGUUCUCCGAAAUCAACGAUGAGUUUUUUUUAUAGCUAGAUGUUGUAUCACAAAUUAGAUUAUAUUUAUUUUUAUGACAUAGUCUAGCCAAGUCAUUUAUUUUCAUGUCAUUUCACCUCUUGUGUAUAUGUUUGCAUCAAGUAUACCUCUUGUGUAUAAGGUUCCUUCAAAGGACAAUUCCCACCCAACUCUUUGUUCCUAGAUAUCUAGCUACUACAGUCCAACGUGUUCAUUAGCUGCAGAA